CUGUACUCACAACGUCGAAACCAGUUGUCAAAACCGAAGACAGCCUGUGGUGUAUUGCUAUAUAGUACAAAAGCACACGCUGUGAUAGGUCAGUUCUAAUUUGGGAUCGACGGUUCACCGUGCCGAUCGCCCGCGCCACUUGCGCAAACAUUGCCUUCAGCGCUGGUCAACUGCUGCUUGCAGACAACCUACAAUGUCGAUGCCAGAGUCAUCGUCUCUUUCUUCGCUGCAGCGUUCGAAAACCGCGCCUACUCCGCUUGUUGACUCGCCCGGCGCAUCAGCGGCCCGAUGGGGUGGAAGACAGCUCAAUGACAGGAUCAAUAGAUCAAAGACGUCCUGUAUUGGGAAGCCGAAGACCUCUGCGCACGCUCUUUUAGACGGUAGAUACACGGACCGAGGUACAUUCGGGGCCGCUACUUGGGGAUUGGACUUGGCACUCGACGGUGCAGGCGUCGCACAAACAUCUCCGCCACUGGUCAGCCCGCGGCAUGAUGUUGUCGAUGACCCAUUCAAUCUCGCGGAUUUCUUCCCUUCGCGUCCCGGCUCGCACGAACAUCCUGUCGAGUGGGCUUGGCGGAGUCCCGCAGAGGAGACAGAGUCCGAAGCGGAGGAAGAGAGCGAGCGCGAAAGCGAGAGGGAUUAUUCUGACGCCGGGCGAAGCAGCCUACCGCCGACACGGUCACUGUCAAUGAAUGCAUUGGACGAGUAUGCGCGGGAAAUUAUUGCGAAAGAGAGCAAGCUCGGUAUCCUUGGUCUAGCAAGGGUUCCAUCCUUCCUCAAAUCCAUCAGCGAAGUCUAUUUCGGGCAGGCAGAAGAAGAUCAACAGCUACCCCAUGCCCACGCGCCCCAACUGGAAACUGUGUUCGAAAUUUCCUCUGCCGCGAUAGACGAGCCAUUUGACGCCGACUCCCUCUCAGAGUCAAUGCACGCACGGCGCGUCAAGUCGGAACGGGAUCUAUCCCUGGUCACAGGCUCGGACCUGAAGCGCGUGCCAUCCCUUGGGCUGUUCAGUCCACCAACAGAAAUGCGCGAUGCGGAGCUUGGAUGGGCGAGUGCAUUGUAUACGAAGAUACUGGGUCCCGGGGGGUUGUAAUGUAAAAAGAUGGAUAUAUGCGUGCGGCGUGGGCACACGGCAUUGAGACUCUGCGAGUGCAAGCGCGCCGGAUUUUUUCCCACAGAAACGCGUGUGAGGGGUUCUGCGUGUGCUUCCAAUGAAGAUCCAUCAUCCCGACUCAUGAUCAGGACAGGGGUAUUUGCUGCUGGGUUAUUAUUGGGACAAAGGGGAACCCAGAGUUAGUUUUCCCAGAGUUGUACACUAGAUUAAUUUUCUCAUUUUCUUCACUCUGUCGAUUCCCUGUACAACUAAUAUCGUGUGAGAAAUAGAUGGGUUUUUUGUGCA